GAAGCUGUUCUAGGUGCCUUCGUGGCCACCAAGCUGGAGGCGGUCCACUGGGGUGAGGACAUUGUCAACUCGCUCGUUCUUAGCGCAGAGCGCAAAGACUUUAUCCGCGACCUGGUGCGCCACCACGGCAGAGCGGGCAGCAGCCGCUUCGACGACUUCGUCCGCGACAAGGGCAAGGGCCUCGUCGGGCUGCUCUCUGGCCCGCCCGGGGCCGGCAAAACGCUCACGGCCGAGGCAGUCGCCGAGAUUGCGCACCGGCCGCUGUGCAUGAUCAGCCCGAGCGAGCUGGGCGACAGCGCGACCUCGGUGCAAACGCAGCUGGUCAGGUUCCUGGAGCUCGCCGAAACGUGGAACGCUGUGGUGCUGCUCGACAAGGCCGACGUGUUUCUGGCCGAGCGUGGCGACGACAACCUGGCCCAAAACGCCAUCACGUCCAUCUUUCUCCGCCACCUUGAAUACUACCAGUGCAUCCUGCUGCUGACGACCAACAGGCUCGACAGCUUCAACGAGGCGUUCCAGAGCCGUGUUCACUUUUGUUUCGAAUACGGGGCCCUCGACGCGUCUGCGCGCAAGGCCAUUUGGACGGCCUUCCUGAACAAAAUAAAGCAAGAUACUGACGUCCAGGUGGCGGCGGGGGAGGAAGAGAUUGAGAAGCUGGCGCAGCGGGAACUGAAUGGGCGGCAGAUCAAGAACGUUGUUCACCUGUCACAGGCAGUAGCCGCGCAACGCCAGACGGCGAUUACUCUCGACAGCAUGUUGCUUGCGGUUGACUUUGCGGGG